UCGCGGCGACACCCRAUGGUCACCCMGUCUACAGCAUCAGGCGACGCGGMGACAGCCGAUGGUCGGCCCACUCGCACCGGCGGAUGGUCAGGCGUCACCUCGGCGCGUGAGGGUCGGGCCAAUGCGGAUGGUUCCUUGGUUCCACAGCGCCAUCUGCUCUACCCUCGGGCGGCGUGGGGACGCCCGACGAUCGGGUGUCGCGUCGGCGCCCGAUGGCCCGGUCGACGGUGCGGGUGGGGCGACGAUCGGCCGUCGCCGCGACGCCGGAUGGUGUAGAAGGGCCGACCAUCGGGUGUCGCCGGGACACCCGACUAUCUCCUGCUCCUCCACAUCCCUCUCUUCCUCGUCCUCCUACGUCCCGUUUUCUUUCUCCUCCCCCUCGUCGGACCAUCAGGCGUCGAGGCGACACCCGACGAGCGGACCACCGGGCGUCCAGGAGAGACCCAGCCAACGGCCGUCCGAUGGUCGGGCGUUGCGUCGACGCCAGAUGGUCCGACCGUCAGGUGACACGUCGACGGCCAAUGGUUGGGUGUCGCCUCGACUCUCGACGGUCCGACCGUUAGGUGUCGCUUCGGCGCCCGACGGUCGGGUGUCGCCUCGACGCCCAAUGGUCGGGUGUCGCCUCGAUGGUAAGGUGUCGCCUCGACGCCCAAUGGUCGGGUGUCGCCUUGACGCCCUAUGGUCGGGUGUCGCCUCGACGGCCAAUGGUCGGACCAUCCAGUGUCGCCUCGACACCCGAUGGUCGGGUGUCGCCUCGACGCCCAAUGAGAGAACGGCGCCCGAUGGUCGGGUGUCGCCUCGACGCCCAAUGGUUGGGCCAUCGGGCGCCGAGGCAACACCCAACGAUCGAAACACCGGGCGUCGGGGCGAGACCCGGCCAAUGGCCGUUCGAUGGUCGGGCGUUUCAUCGACGCCGGAUGGUCCGACUAAGAUUGAUGGCGAGAACAGUGGAUGGCGAGAAGAGUGGGGCGGGAAGGGUGCAUGGUCGGAAGCCUUGAUGGCGGGAAGGGUGGGUGACAGCCUUGAUGGAGAGAAGAGCGGGAUGGCGAGGAGAGUGAAUGGCGGGAAGAGUGGAUGGCGAGAAGAGUGGAUGGCGGGAAAGGAGGGUGACAGCCUUGCUGGCGGGAAAGGUGGGCGGAAGCCUUUAUGGCGAGAAGAGUGGAUGGCGAGAAGAGUGGAUGGCGAGAAGAGAAGGGCGGAUGCCUUGAUGCCAAGAAGGGUGCAGCGGAAAGAUGUAUGGUGUGGGUUCACGUUCAAACCCGACGAUCGGAUGGCGGGAAGGCCCGACCACCGGAUGGGAGGAUGUCGGGAUGGGAGGAUGGGAGGAUGGGAGGAUGGGAGGAUGGGAGGAUGGUCGGGUGGUGGGAUGGCAAGAUGGCAGGAUGGGAGGAUGGCAGAAUGGCAAGAUCGGAGGAUGGUCGGGCGACAGGAUGGCAGGAUGGCAGGGUUGCAGGAUGCCAGGAUGGCACGACGGUCAGGUGGAGCGGUGAAGCUCAACCAUCGUAUGGUGGGGUGUCGCGUUGAAGCCCGACCAUUGGAUGAGAGGAUGGCAGGAUGGUCGGAUGGUCGGAUGGUCGGAUGGUCAGGCAGUGGGAUGGCACGAUGGGAGGAUGGCAGGAUGGCGGAAUGGCAAGAUCGGAGGAUGGUCGGGUGCCAGGAUGGCAGGAUGGCAGGGUUGCAGGAUGCCAGGAUGGCACGACGGUCAGGUGGAGCGGUGAAGCUCGACCAUCGUAUGGUGGGGUGUCGCGUUGAAGCCCCACCAUCGGAUGGGAGGAUGGGAGGAUGGGAGGAUGGUCGGGUGGUGGGAUGGCAGGAUGGGAGGAUGGCAGGAUGGUGGAAUGGCAAGAUCGGAGGAUAGUCGGGUGGCAGGAUGGCAGGAUGGCAGGGUUGCAAGAUGCCAUGAUGGCACGACGGUC